AUGUCUAUCAUCCACAGUCUCUACGUGCAAUCCGCCAGCCUCGUCUUCGUGGGCUUGGGUGUAUAUUUCCUGCGCAAGUUGUUCACGACUCGCCGUGACGACGUGCCUGGCUUACCUUCCCCACCAUCGGAGGAGGCAAGCUGGAUCUGGGGUCAUGAGCGCCAGGUCUGGGAUCAUGGCGCGGCCGAGAUGCACUCCAAAUGGGCCAGCGUUAUAGGCACGCUGUUCAGGAUCAAGGCCGCCCUCCGCCACCCCGAUAUCAUUAUCGCGGCUGAUCGCGUGUCCGCCCAACAUAUUUUGCAGAACACAGACACCUAUGUCAUGGCCGACGCUCUCCGGAAGCCAGCGGCUAAUUUAAUCGGUAAAGGCGUCGUAUGGGCUCUCGGCGAACAACACAAGCGUAUGCGCCGCGUUUUGGCCCCGUCGUUCAGUCCGGAAAGUAUCAAACGUAUGGCCGGUGACGUUUUCGACUGUGCUGAGAAGCUCGAAUCACGCUUGAUGACCGAUAUCAUGUCAAAAUCCGUCAACGGGAACUCCAUCAACAUAGCCCCGUACAUCUCCGCAUGCGCGUUGGAUAUUAUCGGUCGCGUCGCCUUUGGGCACGACUUUAGCGCUCAGUCCACCCCUCCUUCCGAAGAUGCGAGGCGAAUUUUCACGAGCUGGCACGACAUCAUCGUGGACGCCACAUCUGAACAGAUGUUCGUUGCGCUCCCGGUCAUACGGAUGCUGCCCUGGCUCACGGAUCUGCCGAUUCCCGCCUUACGUGCACAAGGAAUCACCAACCAAAUCGUGCGCCGCAUUGCCCACAAGCUAAUCGCCAACGCUCGUCUCGACAGCGUUGUGAAGGGCAAUGACGUACUGAGCAUGCUGCUGCGCAGCGUUGAGAAGGAGAAAGGCGGUCUCUCGGACGAAGAAAUCAUCGAAAACAUCAUCACUUUCACUAUGGUCGGCCACGAGACGACUGCAGGAUCUAUCAAUUUCACGCUCCUUGCCUUAUCUCGCAACCCGGCGGCGCAGGAGAAACUCCGCACCGAAAUUCGCCAGCAAGGAAGCCUUUCCUACGACUCCAUCCAGAAACUCGAAUACCUCGACGCCGUCGUCCGGGAAGCGCUCCGAGUACAUCCCGCCUCGCCACAGACAGAGCGCGUAACCACCCAGGACGAUGUCAUUCCUCUCGGCAAGCCGAUUACAAAGCCAGACGGCACGGUCAUGGACUCCGUUCACGUCUCGGCUGGACAGAUUAUCAUCAUUCCGUUCAAAACCAUCAACACGGACGCUACGGUUUGGGGGCCUGACGCAACGGAGUUCAAGCCAGAGAGAUGGCUUACUCCCGGUGGCAUCCCCUCCCCCGCCGACCUGCCUCGCGGCUGGAGCGGACUCCUCUCCUUCAGCGACGGCCCGCGCAACUGUCUCGGGUUCAGACUAGCUGUGCUCGAGUUCAAGGUCAUGCUGGCGAUGCUCAUCCGGUCCUUCAAGUUCGAGGAUGUCGGAAGCGCCGUCGUUCCCAAGAUUGCGCCUACUUUGCAACCCAUCGCGGACGGCCGGCCAGCCGUCAUGCCCCUCCGCAUCACACCCGUCAUGGAGUAAUCACCUCGUUGCUGAUCUUUACUCGUCGUCAGCUUGCAGCUGGUGUACAUUCGAUCAAUACCUUCACUGUGCUUUGCUUGCUGUGGAACCUUCGUCGCUCUUUACCGCAUCUAAUUUAUCUGUUCAUCGCUCUCGUCAUCUGGUAGUACUUGCC